AUGUAUCUGGCUGAUGCUUCUGAUGCAACUCGCUGUAAAGCUUUUCCGACCACCCUGUCGAAAGCAGCGAUGAAGUGGUUUGAUAGCCUCCCUCCAAGGAGGUCGAAGAACCUCUAUGUGACUACAUGGAAAGGUUCAACAAAGCGUGUUUUGGAAAUUCAAGACCUGCCCAUAAAGGCAUUUAUCAUGUGGUUAGUAAAUGGACUUAGAGAGGGCCCCUUCUCUCAGUCCAUAUCAAAAAGGCACCCCACCUCUUUGAGUGAUAUACAAGAGAGAGCAAAAAAGUACAUCAACAUAGAGGAAAAUGCCAGACUACGGGAGCCCAGCUGGCGACAGGGGCCUCCUCACUCAGCAAAAGAGAAAGAAAGGGAGCCCAAGAAAAAAGAGGAGGUCGGCCUUGACAAGCCGAGGAGAUAUCACUCCUAUACUCCUCUAAAAAUCUCCCUAGUAGACGUAUACAGAGAAAUCUGUAAUACUGAAAGGUUGCCGCCUCCUAGACCCAUCAAAAACAAAAAGAGAAGAAGUCGCGGCGACCACUGUGAGUACCAUAAGAUGUAUGGUCACUCAACAAAUGAUUGCUACGACCUUAAAAAUGUGAUAGAAAGGUUGGCCAAGGAAGGCCGACUUGAUAGAUAUCUCAUGGAAAGGUCGGAGAAUUCUGGAAAAAGAAAGCGAGAUGAUGAAGACAUGAGAGACCCACCCCCACAAACCCCCGAGAGACACAUACAUACGAUCUCUGGAGGAUUCGUAGGAAGGGGGCUCACUAAAUCAUCUCGCAAAAGACACCUGAAGCGAGUUUAUCAAGUUGGAAACGAAUCUCCCGAUCUCCCAACCAUCUCGUUCACCAAAGAGGACGGGCAAGGGAUCAUGCCCGGACAUGACGACGCGGUGGUGAUAACCAUGAUCUUGGCAAAUGCCAACCUCCAUAGGACCUUGGUAGACCAAGGGAGUUCGGCUGAUAUACUUUUUAAGCCCGCAUUCGACAAGUUAGGGUUGGAUGAAAGGGAGCUAAAGGCUUACCCGGACACCCUGUAUGGACUAGGAGACAUGCCAAUUAAGCCACUGGGAUACAUCCCCCUCCACACGACCUUCGGAAAGGGGAAAAAUUCCAAAACUCUGAGCAUCGACUUUAUCGUUAUCGAUGUCGGGUCGGCGUAUAACGCCUUAAUCGGCAGGACUACGUUAAAUCGGCUCGGAGCGGUGGUGUUAACCCCUCACCUUUGCAUGAAAUUCCCAACACACAAGGGAAUAGCGACGGUACGAGAAGACAAAAAAUUGGAAAGAAAAUGCUAUAAUGAAAGUUUAAACCUCCGAGGAAAGAGCAAGGAAGUUCACACCAUAGAGUUUGGGGGAAUAAAAGCUAGAGAAGAGCUGCGACCACAAUCGGGUGGAAGAACCGAAGAGGUUCAAAUCAGUAAAGAGGAAGGAAAAAACACCAACAUAGGGGCCAGCCUAGAUCGAGAUUUGAAGCAAAGGCUGAUAAAGCUCCUACGAGAUAAUUCCGACCUAUUUGCGAGGAAAGCUUCCGACAUGCCAGGGAUAGACCCUCAGCUCAUGUCCCACAAGCUGUCAGUACACCCCGGAUCACGACCCGUACAGCAGCGCAGGCGUAAGCUCGGAACAGAACGAGCUCGGGUGGUGGAAGAGCAAGUGCAAACCCUUUUAGAGGCCGACUUCAUCCGAGAGGUCAAGUACCCGGCAUGGCUAGCAAAUGUAGUACUAGUCAAAAAGCAAAACGGCAAGUGGAGGAUGUGCGUUGACUACACCGACCUGAACAAAGCAUGCCCCAAAGACCCAUAUGCACUUCCCUGUAUUGACACCCUAGUGAAUGCGAUCUCAGGGUAUCAGUACUUGUCAUUUAUGGAUGCUUACUUGGGAUACAACAAAAUCCCGAUGUUGAUGAAUAAAGUGUUCGCUCCCCACCUUGGGAGCUUAAUAGAGGUCUACGUAGAUGACAUGCUGGUGAAAACUAAGGAGGAAACCGACCUCUUGACAGAUCUCUCGCAAGUUUUAGACAUCGUAAGGUCGCAUGGGAUGAGACUAAAUCCCACGAAAUGCACCUUUGCGGUGGAGGCGGGAAAGUUUCUAGGGUUUAUGCUAACACAAAGGGGAAUCGAAGCAAACUCUGAUAAGUGCAAAGUUAUCCUGGAAAUGAGAAGUCCGACUUGUCUGAAAGAGGUCCAACAAUUAAAUGGAAGGCUUGCCGCCCUUUCCAGGUUCCUGGCGGGAUCGACAUUAAGAUACCUUCCAUUAUUCUCCCUACUAAGAAAAGGAUGCCAGUUCGAAUGGACACCGGAAUGCGAAGAAGCUUUCCGGGAGUUCAAAAAGUUCUUGAGCCAGCCCCCAAUCCUGACCCGACCCAUAGUCGGGGAAGAGCUCGUCCUAUACCUGUCAGUGGCAGACAGAGCUAUAGCAUCAGCUCUAAUACGGGAAGAUGAAGUCGGGCAGCAUCUUGUAUACUUCACCAGCAAAGUUCUACAAGGCCCAAAACUAAAGUAUCAAAAGCUUGAAAAGUUUGCAUACUCCUUAGUAGUAGCCUCACGUCGACUACGGCCGUAUUUCCAAGCGCACACGAUAAAAGUCCGAACGAACCAACCCAUGAAGCAGGUCCUUCAGAAGACGGACAUUGCGGGUAGAAUGGUUCAAUGGGCAAUAGAACUCUCCGAGUUCGACUUGAAAUACGAAGCCCGAACGGCAAUAAAAGCUCAAUGCCUCACUGACUUCCUAGUGGAAUACGCGGGAGAUCAAGAGGAGAAAUCCACUACAUGGGAGUUAUAUGUAGAUGGGUCCUCUAAUAAAGUUGGAAGCGGGGCAGGCAUAAUCUUAGUAGGUGAAGGGGGAAUGCAAAUUGAAGUUUCCCUCAAGUUCAAGUUCCCAGCUUCCAAUAAUCAAGCAGAAUAUGAAGCCUUGAUUGCAGGGUUAAAGCUGGCAAAAGAAGUCGGUGCGACCAAAGUAAUGAUAUUCAGCGACUCUCAAGUGGUGACCUCCCAAAUAAAUGGAGAGUAUUAG